AUGCAGUUCCAAAGCACUCUAUCGUACGUCAAGAACCCGCCGCCGGGCUACCAACAGCCUGCUUUCGACUUUAUGGGGGAAUUGGAAAAGUUAAAGCAUAACGUUACGGUCGGGGUAUUCAAGAGCCAGUACGACUUCGAGGUCGCCCUACAAUACCUGGUUUACUCGGUCCAUGAUGCCCAUGUCGAUUUGUAUGCGGGCAUUUUAUCUGUCUUCUCAUAUGCCAGCCCCGUUCCGCUUGUUGCGGCAUCGAUUGAUGGCAAGAAGGCACCUAAAAUCUAUUUCGCAGACGACAUCAUCAGCCGCCGGGAGGACAUGGCCAGGGGCAUGGAGAACCCAAUUUCGGCGGUAUCACGUAUCAAUGGCGAGCCAGCCAUAGAGUAUCUCACCCGGUUCGGGGCCCGCCAGUCAGUCGGUAUGCUUGAGCCCCAUGCCGACUGGAAUGAGCUUAUGGACCACCCUGUCCAAGAUGUCCAGGGGAUUUACAGCAUCUUCUCUGGCUCAAGCACAUUUUACCCAGGCAAUUCCCUUACCUUUUCAUUCGAAGAUACAAGUAUUGAUGAUGUGGAAACAAAUUGGCUUGCCAUUUAUAACAAUGCCGAGUUCACUGGUCCUUUGGAAACCCCUGGCGAUUUUUAUAACUUCUUUGUUCUCGGCCUACUACCUGCAUCAUACUACAAUGUCCAGCUCCCGGAAGCCUUUGGAGGACCCCCGGAUGAAAACGCACCUACAACCGAAGUCCUGCCAGGUAUCGGAGACGCGCCUAUUGACGAUACGAUUGAGGAAGAGCUCAGCGACUGGUACAUAAGGAGCUAUGGCGCCUUUCCAAAAAAGGUCGAUUUUACGCAGGAGACCCUGGGCCUUAACAAUGAGACGAUUCUAACAGGAUACUUCUAUGAGGCCAUAUCCACUGGGGUUAUCAGCAUCCCCCAUUUCAGCCAGUUUGGAUUGCACGUGGGCAGCUUCGGAGACGGCCUUACGGGAUUCAUGGAAAAGGCCAAGGAAAAGAGCAUCCCCCACAUCAUUAUCGACCUGCAAAAGAACUACGGUGGAUCGACGGGUAUUGCGCUGAUGCUUUUCCGAGAAUUCUUCCCCGGAAUCGACCCGUUCGCAGGGAGCCAGCGACGCAGCCAUGAGUUGGGGAACAUUCUGGGCUCGGCUGCCACACAAUACUGGCAGAACCUUGCGGCAGAUUCGGAGGAGCGCCUGAAGCUUCUGGCGGCUGAGUGGAUAAUUACGACGCGGAUCAACGCUGAGACUGGGCGAAACUUCACUUCAUGGGAGGAAUAUGCGGGACCCAGACGGCAGAACGAGGACGAUUUCUCGCUUGUUUUUCAUGCGGCAGCAUUUGAUGGAUGGCUUCUCAACCGCUACCUCAACGAUGAUGCGGAGGAUGAUAGGCUUAAGUGGAAGCCUGAAGAUAUUGUUAUCCUCACGGACGGAACCUGCUCCUCUGCAUGCGCCUUGUUCGUCGAACUUGCAGCCCAAGCUGGCGCCCGUACGGUCGUUAUGGGUGGCACUCCAAAACCAGGACCAAUGCAAGCCGCAAGCGGGAGUCGCGGCGCACUCGUCUACACCGGUAAGCUUCUCGACCAUGACCUAGACUGGAUCGGCGAGCGAAACGAGACUGUCCGGUCCCUUUCCACCCCCAACCGAAACGAGACGGGCAUAUACAUCAACCAUGCUGCCUUCAAUCUCCGUGACCAGUUGCGUGCGGAUGAUACCUCCACGCCCCUCCAGUUCCGUUACGUCCCGGCAAAUUGCAGGCUCUAUUUCACCGUCGAUAACGUUUACAACAUGACGGCUCUCUGGCAUGACGUCGCUCGCGCCACGUUUGAGGACCCAAGCAUCUGCGUUGAAGGCUCCACAGAAUACGCCUCGGACAGGGAACAGAUGGCACCGGAGCCGCCCGCGGUUGAGGCCCCAGCACCGCUAUCUGCGUCGACUUUCACUGUUGAUUACGAGCUGACCACGGACAACGGCCUUCCGGCCGCCGAGCCAUUUGCAUCGCACGACCCAAGAGCUCCGCCCACAUAUGGACCAUGCCCAGCCAGCAACGUACACGCAGUAGUUGCAAAACUAUCAAGUACUCCUGUGGCGACGCCUUUGGCUACACGAUCUACGAGGAAUGGGGUUGCGCACCGCCUUGCCAAGACCUAG